ACCAAUGGGGAGGCGGAGCGGCAGGUAUGAGAUGGCGGCGGGAGCGCCGGCGCCCGGCGGGCGGAGCGGCGGCAGUGAUGCCAUCUGCAAUUUUGUCAUUUGCAAUGACUCCUCCCUCCGCAGCCAGCCGAUCAUCUUCAAUCCUGACUUCUUUGUGGAAAAGCUGCGCCAUGAAAAACCAGAGGUGUUCACAGAGCUAGUUGUCAGCAACAUUACCAGGCUCAUUGACUUGCCCGGGGCAGAGCUGGCCCAGCUAAUGGGAGAGGAGGACCCAAAGCUGCCUGGGGCAAACAGCACAGCCUCUGGAUUUUUUCGUUCUUUGAUGUCUCUGAAGCGCAAGGAGAAAGGGGUGGUGUUUGGCUCACCGCUGACAGAAGAAGGCAUUGCACAGGUCUCCCAGCUAAUCGAGUAUCUGCACAAAAAUCUAAGAGCAGAAGGCUUGUUUCGGGUGCCAGGUAACAGCAUCAGGCAACAGAUCCUAAAGGAUGCUCUGAACAGUGGUACAGAUAUUGACCUGGACUCUGGGGAGUUUCAUUCCAAUGAUGUGGCCACCCUGCUUAAGAUGUUCUUGGGCGAAUUACCAGAGCCGCUGCUGACACACAAGCACUUCCAUGCCCACCUCAAAAUUGCAGACUUGAUGCUGUUUGAUGAGAAGGGGAAUAAGACCAGCACUCCAGACAAAGAACGCCAAAUUGAAGCCCUCCAGCUGCUGUUUUUGAUCCUUCCCGCACCCAACCGCAGUCUGCUCAAACUGCUGCUGGACUUGCUCUACCAGACCGCCAAGAAGCAGGACAAGAACAAGAUGUCUGCCCACAAUCUUGCCCUCAUGUUUGCACCCCACAUCCUAUGGCCCAGAAAUGUGACAGCAAAUGACCUUCAGGAGAAUAUCACGAAGCUAAACAAUGGAGUGACCUUCAUGAUCAAACACUCUCAGAAACUUUUCAAGGCCCCAGCAUACAUCCGGGAGUGUGCCAGGCUGCACUAUCUGGGAUCCAGAGCCCACACAUCAAAGGACGACCUGGAUUUGCUGACGUCUCCUGGCUCCAAGGAGCUGCAGCCCCUCAAGUCUCAGAAGCGAAGCAGGCUGGACACUUGCCAUCAGGAGGAGACCCAGCAGCGCACAGAGGAGGCACUGAAGGAGCUCUUCCGCCACGUCCACAAUAUGCCUGACUCUGCAAAGAAGAAGAAGCUUAUCCGGCAGUUUAAUAAGCAUCCUACAGCUCUCACUCCUGGCUCUGUACCCACAUCCCCAGCACCACGACGCACCCGCUCGCGCUCCUUCAGCGGCCUCAUCAAGCGGAAAGUUUUGGGAACCCCGGUUAUCCUGGAGAGGAAGAGCAGGGAUGCCACACCAGAGCCCGAGCGAGUCAGCAAAGAGAAUGUCCACCUGUUACAGAAAUGUGGAUCUCCAGCUCACAUGUCCCAAGCAAAGCUGAAAUCUUUGGAGGGCCGGAAAGAGGUGAGACACAGAGAUGCCCGUUCUCCUUCCUGUGGGGAGCCUGGCCUGCUGGGCUCUGACACCUGCAGAGGAAUCCUGUAGACGCAUGCGAGCCCACCUGCUUUCCAAGGAUUCGUCAUCCCUCUGAAUCGCCUCGCACCAACGCAUGGGUGGGGAAUGCCCAGCCUCACAAGCUGUGAAUAAUGCGCUGCACUGAGAGGGGAAUGCUACAGGCUCAUGGCAACCCUCAGCAACAUAGCAGUGCACUUGAAACUGGACCUUUGCAAAGACUGCAGGGACUUGUUUCUUUCUGUAUAUAAAUUAUAUUUCGUUCUACUUUGGGGCAAACCACUAUCUAACCAAAAUCUGUGCAGCAUGUCUGACCUGCUGGCUCUGGGAAGAGCUGGAGUGCUUGCUUUCAAGGAGAGUCCUAUGCGUUACAGGGCCCUGCGUGCACUCCCAGCUUUCUCUGCAAUGUUGCUAGGCUGUAUUUUGCUUUUCUGAGUUUUUAACACAGUGGCUUGUUUUUGCUCCCUCCCCUCUGUUAGCAGUGAGAACAAUGGACUCCAACCUUCAUGCAUGUCCUUUCAGCUAGCUUUAUCUCCAGGCCUCCUCUGGAGCCAUGCCCUCCUCUGCUUCCUCUGGGCUCCUUUUUCCCCUCCUGUCCCUGAAGGGCUGGAGUGAACAAACGGUACAGAGCACAGGACAGGCCUGGGAGAAGAGGAGAGGCUCUGGGUGCCAUCACUUCAAGUGGGGCCAGGGGAAAGCAGCUUCCCCAGUAAACUCAUCCCUCUGUUUCAGCUUGAGCUGGAGGCAUCCCUUGCUCACUGCCUUCAUGCUUCUGUGGCACAGCUCUGCCUGGUGAGCAAGGAGUGUCUCUGCUCUGUAUUCCCCCACGGAGGCUAAGCUGAGCAGGGCAGGAGGCUGGCAAAAGCUGUCUGGGGCAGGACAGCCCAGUCUUUGGAAGCUGGGGUGUCUGGGGCAGGCAGAGCCUGGCAUCUGUGGGCGCAGCAUAGGAACAGCAGCGUGAGAGGUGAGGGAGGGCUCUGGCCACUUGUGAUUUGCUGCAAAUGGUGCCAAAGGCUUUAGCUCAAGAUAUCUGGAUGGCUGAUCAGGCAACUAGCUGAUUAGUCAUUAAACGGGGGGAAAGGGCUGGAGCUGGGUUCAGCUCUUUGGCCUAAGCUGCAGAAAUGAGAUGAAACCAUCUAGAUACGGGAUAAACCCCCAUCACAUCUGGCCAGUGUCAGCUGCUGCGUUAAGCUAAAGUGCUCCACUAAGGCAAUCUUGCCAACUACCUGUCUGCAAGUGCUCUGGGGUAGGAAACAGGGUCAUUACUGUGAAAUAAAGAUUUAAUCAGCUGGGGAACCAUUUAAACUCUUCUCAGCCCUUCUUGGUGAAGCAAAUAAUCUCUGGAAUCCAAUUAUAAUUGUCUUCUAAUCUUUAAGAACCAGCAGCUGGCAGGAGCUAUAGCUCUGUCCUUGACAGCUUUCUGAGACAACUUGUGGCAGGAGGUGUGAAUAUCGGGAUGUGAGCAGGGAGUUCAGUCUGACUGGCUAGAGCUGUCAAAACAGGGCAUCGGAGCCCUGUGCAGCUUAGCUGGAAUUUGUCAGGGCUUUUUUACUGUGGGUUGGGUUUGUGCCUGAUGCUGUUCUAUCUAAAGGGAUGUUUCUGGUACUUUAUCAGGGGUGCCUGUCCCCACUCUGACCCCAAAUUGGAGGGGCUGCCUUGAAAAUGUUGAGGGUAGUUGAACUGUAGGUGUGAGUUGGGGGUUGCUGGUGUUAGGAGCCUCUGUCGCAGCCAAGAGCGAGCUCUGGUUCUUCAGGGACUGGGCAGGCGAGGAUGCUGUUAGGAAGAGCAGAGGCUGUUUGCUGUAGUAGUAGUAUGUGCUUUUUGGAUGUGUCUAUAAUCAUUCCCUCCAGAGGCUGAAGCUGUCUGUGUGCCCUUCUCCAAAGGGCACGGCAUAUUUUGCUGAUUGCACUUCUACCCUGCCCCUGCAGUCUGCUGUUAGUGGAGACCUGGGGGUCUCAGCUUUGCCUCUGAACAGAGAUGGGGCAGAGCCGAAGAUCAAGCAGCAGCACACAGAGCUGGGUCUGGUCCUGCUACCUCUGCUCUUACUUGCAUCAGGGCGAUUGCUGGGUGAAGUGUUUGUCCGUCCUAUCCCUCCUCUCCCCAUUGCCCAUAGCUUACCCGGGCAUACAUUUCUGUACGUGCGUCUGCUUGGCAAGGCAAUCUUCUUCCCAAGGCUAAAUACACUGCUCCUGAACAUAUGAGAGGAAUAUAACUCUUCUUUCCCCUGUCCCCCCUUACUGAUGGCUCUAGCUCAGUGACUCUGGCUUCUGGCACAGCUGAGACUUGCUUAGCUCUAAGGAAAAAUAUCUAUGGGGUAUCAGCCUGGCAUUCUGCAUGCCUCAGAUUUCUUCCCUACCAAAGGGGCAGAUGCAGUCUCCAGACAGGGCAGUCUCAGGAGGGGUUGGGUGCCCUGGACUUUUAGCCCUUUGUGCUGUCCUCCCAGUGCCGAGGAUGGUGGCGGCUAAUGGAUUUGGCAUCUAGGACACUUGGCUGUUGCAGUCCCAAUGUGUUCACACUGUCUCACAGGCACAGGGGAAUUUUAGUCAUGCUUGAAUGUGUCUCAUUUUUCUGCCCUGUGCAAUGACUCACAAGGAUACUUCCUCACAGAGCAGCCACUAACUGUUCCCAGAGUCUGUCAUUUCCAAAGUAUUUUUAAUCUUCGUCCUUAUUUAUAUAUGCUAUGUAUGUACUGUUUCAGACUGUUGCCUUUCUGUGUGUUCAUGUGAAAACCCCAUAUUAAAUGCUUUUAUUUUUA